UGUUCAAUUUCGUCGUCGUCUUCGUCCUUCUUCCGACUCCGAGAUCUCGUCGAACCUCCGUUUUGAAUCUCAAAAUCUACGGAAAUCAGCUCGUCUGAUUAUCGGAUUCGACGGAAGAUUAUUCGAUCUGCGUCUCGAUUCGCUUGGAUCGAAGAUGCCUGUGGCUGCUUCCGCUAUCUACUUUCUAAAUCUCCGUGGCGAUGUACUCAUUAAUCGCACAUACCGAGAUGACGUCGGGGGAAAUAUGGUGGAUGCAUUUCGGACACAUAUAAUGCAGACCAAGGAGUUAGGGAAUUGUCCUGUGCGUCAGAUUGGUGGCUGCUCCUUUGUCUAUAUGCGAAUCAGCAAUGUCUACAUCGUAAUUGUUGUCAGUAGCAAUGCUAAUGUAGCUUGUGGGUUCAAAUUCGUUGUUGAGGCUGUUGCUUUGUUCAAAUCAUACUUUGGUGGAGCUUUUGAUGAAGACGCUAUUAGAAAUAACUUUGUUCUGAUUUAUGAAUUGUUGGAUGAGAUCAUGGACUUUGGCUAUCCACAAAAUCUCUCACCUGAAAUUUUGAAACUUUACAUUACUCAGGAAGGUGUACGGUCACCAUUUUCAUCAAAGCCAAAAGAUAAGCCUGUUCCAAAUGCAACAUUACAAGUUACGGGUGCUGUUGGUUGGAGAAGAGAGGGCCUUGCGUAUAAAAAGAAUGAGGUGUUUCUGGAUAUUGUGGAAAGUGUAAACCUUCUUAUGUCCUCUAAAGGCAAUGUUCUCCGGUGUGAUGUGACGGGGAAAGUCUUAAUGAAAUGUUUCCUUUCGGGAAUGCCUGAUUUGAAGUUGGGGUUGAAUGAUAAAAUUGGUCUUGAGAAGGAAUCAGAAAUGAAAUCUCGUCCAGCUAAAAGUGGUAAAACCAUUGAGCUUGAUGAUGUCACAUUUCACCAGUGUGUGAACCUGACAAGAUUCAACUCUGAGAAGACAGUUAGCUUCGUACCACCGGAUGGUGAAUUUGAACUGAUGAAGUACCGAAUAACAGAAGGUGUGAAUCUGCCUUUCCGCGUAUUACCAACAAUCAAAGAACUUGGUCGUACACGCAUGGAAGUGAAUGUCAAGGUCAAAAGUGUGUUUGGUGCUAAAAUGUUUGCCCUUGGGGUCGUAGUGAAAAUUCCAGUGCCAAAACAAACAGCAAAGACAAAUUUCCAAGUGACAACUGGUCGCGCUAAGUACAAUCCAUCAAUCGAUUGCUUGGUUUGGAAGAUAAGAAAAUUCCCAGGACAAACAGAGUCCACAUUAAGUGCAGAAAUUGAGUUGAUCUCAACAAUGGGAGAAAAGAAAUCUUGGACCAGGCCACCAAUUCAAAUGGAAUUUCAGGUCAAUCUUCUUCUCUUGUUGGCAUUGUUAAAUCGAACCAGAUUGUUUAAAGCGAUUGUUAACCCUCUCAGUUUCGUUCUAUUUCCAGGUACCAAUGUUCACAGCAUCUGGUUUGCGAGUUCGCUUUCUCAAGGUUUGGGAGAAGAGCGGUUACAACACGGUGGAGUGGGUUCGAUACAUAACGAAAGCUGGAUCUUAUGAGAUCAGGUGCUGAGCUUAAAACACAGUUUCAGGUUCAGUGACAAGACCUUGAGGUGUUCAUGGCUUCUAGCUUUUGUCCCUUAAGCAAAACAUAAGGAAAGAGUUAAUAUGUUUUUAUAUCUCGUUUAUGUUUGUUUUGUUCAUUAGAGAUAUCUUUUGUUAAUAUGAUUUCUUAUGUCCUCAUUUGGUAUUGAAUUCUGAUUUUUUUUUUCCUACUCUGUUUAAGAUUCUGUACGAGUUUUAGUUUAGAUUAAUUUUGGUGUAAUCGAACGUGAUAUUGAGUAUUUGUGAAAGCAGUCGGAUUUCUUUGGAUAAGACUAAUAACAG